AGAGGCCUUCAGUUUACCAGUUGAAGUUUUAGCCACGGAGGAUGCUUCAUUUGGACUCAAGGAUUUAUCAGGCUCCAUUGAUGACCUGCCUACUGGAACCGAAGCAACAUUGAGUUCAGCCGUUAGCGCAUCAGGUUCUACCAGCAGUCAAGGGGAGCAGAGCAACCCAGCACAAUCACCUUUCUCCCCUCAUGCCUCUCCACAUCUCUCCAGCAUCCCUGGGGGCCCGUCCCCUUCCCCCGUGGGCUCACCAGCUGGAAGCAAUCAGUCAAGGUCUGGUCCUAUUUCUCCUGCAAGUAUUCCAGGUGACUAUUGUAAGAGGGGGAAACAAAAGAGGAGAAAAGAAGGCAAACCCAAAUCGCCUCAUAGAUACAACGAUGCUGAACCAAGCUUUCUGUCUGCACUUUGCCCACAGCUAUGCAGAUAUUCAGGUAGCCAGAUGCCAUCACAGACUCCUGGUACCCAAUCAGAAUCUAGCUCCCAUCCUGCCUUGAGCCAAUCCCCAAUGCCCCAGGAUCGAGGUUUUAUGACAAGCAUUCAAAGAAACCCUCAAUUGUCACAAUAUGCAUCUCAGCAGACUGGACCUUCUAUGUCACCCCAUCCUUCACCUGGAGGUCAAAUGCAUUCUGGAAUCGGGAGCUUUCCACAAAGUAAUUCAAGUGGUACUUAUGGAGCUCAGAUGAGCCAGUAUGGGCCACAAGGGAACUACUCCAGACAGUCAACAUACUCUGGAGUGACCAACGCAAGUUACAGUGGACCAGGACCUGGUAUGGGUAUAAACGCCAGCAACCAGAUGCAUGGACAGGGUCCAGGCCAGCCUUGUGGUACCAUUCCCUUGGGACGAAUGCCAUCAACUGUGAUGCAAAGCAGACCGUUUCCUGGAAAUAUGAGCAGUAUGACACCCAGUUCUCCGGGCAUGGCUCAGCAAGGAGGCCCUGGGAUGGGGCCACCCAUGCCAACUGUGAACCGUAAGGCCCAGGAGGCAGCUGCAGCAGUGAUGCAAGCUGCUGCCAACUCCGCCCAGAGCAGGCAAGGCAGUUUUCCUGUCAUCAAUCAGAGUGGCAUUAUGGGAUCCAGCUCUCCAUACACCCAACCAAUGAACAGCAACUCAAAUUUGAUGAACCCUCAAGCUCCUCCUUACAGCAUACCACCUAACAUGGUGAACAGUUCCACAGCACCUAUGGGUCUUGCAGAUUUGAUAACUCAAGCCGAGUCCAAAUUGCCUGUUCCUCUCAAACCGGAUGAAGAAGAAGGACCUCCUCAGCCAGAGAGCAAAAAGGAUAGCUACAGCUCUCAGGGUAUUUCUCAGCCCCCAACCCCAGGCAACCUGCCAGUCCCUUCCCCAAUGUCCCCAAGUUCUGCUAGCAUCUCCUCAUUUCAUGGAGAUGAAAGUGAUAGCAUUGGCAGCCCAGGCUGGCCAAAGACUCCAUCAAGCCCUAAAUCAAGUUCCUCCAACACAACCGGGGAGAAGAUCACCAAAAUGUAUGAGCUGGGAACUGAGCCAGAGCGGAAAGUUUGGGUGGAUCGCUAUCUCAACUUCAUGGAAGAAAGGGGAACACCUGUAGCUGGUCUCCCUGCUGUUGGCAAGAAGCCACUGGAUCUUUUUAGACUCUAUAUUUGUGUUAAGGAGAUUGGUGGGUUAGCCCAGGUUAAUAAAAAUAAGAAGUGGCGUGAGCUGGCUACCAACCUAAACGUUGGCACUUCAAGCAGUGCAGCCAGUUCCUUGAAAAAACAAUAUAUUCAAUACCUCUUUGCCUUUGAAUGCAAGAUUGAACGAGGGGAGGAACCCCCUCCAGAAGUCUUCAGCACUGGAGAUACUAAGAAACAAGCUAAGAUUCAGCCGCCAUCUCCUGCUAACUCGGGUUCUCUCCAGGGUCCACAGACCCCUCAGUCUACAGGGAGCAAUUCUAUGACAGAAGUGCCAAGUGACCUCAAGCCUCCAACACCAGCGUCCACACCUCAUGGACAGAUGACACCUACACAGAGCAGCAGUUCAGUCAGUGUACAUGAUCCCUUUUCGGAUAUAAGUGAUUCCACAUACCCAAAGCGGAACUCUAUGACUCCAAAUGCACCCUAUCAGCAAUCAAUGAAUAUGCCAGAUAUGAUGGGAAGGAUGCCCUAUGAGCCAAACAAGGAUCCUUUUGGUGGGAUGAGAAAAGUGCCUGGAAAUAGUGAACCCUUCAUGGCCCCUGGACAAAUGCCCAACAGUGGCAUGCAGGAUAUGUACAGCCAGAGUCCCGCUGGAACCAUUUCCAACAUGGGCAUAGGCCAACGCCAACAGUUUCCCUAUGGAAGUGGUUAUGACCGGAGGCAUGAACCGUAUGGACCGCAGUAUCCAAUGCAAGCUCCUCCUUCUGGACAACCCACCUAUGGAGGACACCAAUCUGGAAUGUUUCCACAGCAGCAGAACUACAAACGUCAUAUGGAUGGCAUGUAUGGGCCUCCAGCAAAACGACAUGAUGGAGAUAUGUUUAACAUGCAAUAUAGCAACCAACAGCAGGAGAUGUUUAACCAGUACAGCAGUGCUUACUCUGGACCAGACAGGAGACCCAUCCAGGGACAGUAUCCAUAUCCUUAUAACAGAGAGAGGAUGCAGGCUCCUGGACAAAUGCAACAACAUGGAAUACCUCCACAGAUGAUUGGUGGCCCAAUGCAGUCAUCAGCUUCCAGUGAAAGCCCCCAACAAAACCUGUGGCCCACAAGAAAUGAUAUGUCUUACCCAUAUCAGAACAGGCAAGGCCCCGGAGGCCCUGCACAGGCCCCACCUUAUCCAGGGAUGAAUCGUACUGAUGAUAUAAUGGUACCUGACCAGAGAAUAAACCAUGAAAGCCAGUGGCCUUCUCAUGUCAACCAGCGACAGCCUUCUUACAUGUCAUCCUCUGCUUCCAUGCAGCCUAUUACUCGACCUCCUCAGUCAUCCUAUCAGACGCCACCAUCAAUGCCAAACCACAUAUCUCGAGCUCCUAGCCCUGCAUCUUUCCCACGCUCUCAUGAAAAUCGUAUGUCUCCCAGUAAAUCUCCAUUCCUAUCCUCUAUGAAGAUGCCAAAAGUUAUGCCCACUCUUCCAGGCUCGCAGGUCACAGGUCCUCCAACACAACCACUACCAUCUAUUAGGCGGGAAGUAACUUUUCCUCCAGGUUCAGUAGAAGCAUCCCAACCAGUUUUAAAACCAAGGCGAAAGAUUACCUCAAAAGAUAUCGUGAGUCCGGAAGCCUGGCGAGUGAUGAUGUCUCUUAAAUCAGGCCUUCUUGCAGAAAGUACUUGGGCAUUAGAUACUAUUAACAUUCUUCUGUAUGAUGAUAGUACGGUUGCUACUUUCAAUCUCUCACAGUUAUCUGGUUUUCUUGAGCUGUUGGUGGAAUAUUUUAGAAAAUGCCUGAUUGAUAUUUUUGGGAUCCUUAUGGAAUAUGAAGUGGGACAUCCAGGACCAAAACUGCAAGAUCAUAAUUCAUCUCCGAAUGAGGAUGGGCAGUCUGCAACAGAGGAUGUCAGGAAAGAGGAAGAAAACAAUGGUGAAUGUAUUGAUUACUUUGAUGACCUGGAAGAUGAGGAGGAGGAAGAGGAAGAAGAUGAAGCUGAGAGCACAGAGGAAGGAAAGAGCACUCUUGUUGCUCCACCUGGUGCCAUUCUUGAUCCAAGUGAGAGGCCAAAACAAGCCAGUAAGUUUGACAAGUUGCCAAUAAAAAUAGUAAAGAAAAACAACUUAUUUGUUGUUGACCGAUCUGAUAGGUUGGGGCACGUUCAGGAAUUCAACAGUGGGCUUCUUCAUUGGCAACUUGGUGGGGGUGAUACAACUGAACAUAUUCAGACCCACUUUGAGAGUAAGAUGGAGAUUCCUCCUUGCAGGCGGCCAUCUCUAUCAGUCUCCUCAGGUAAAAAGAAGAAUAUAGAGGGGAAAGGAGAAUCUGAGGAACAGCAAGACAAAAGCAUAUCAGCCACUAUUGAUGAUGUCUUGUCAGCUCGUCCAGGAGCAUUGUCUGAAGACCCCGACUCUAAUUCUCAGACAGAUAGUAAUAAAUUUCCAUUUGGGAUCCAUCAAGUGAAAAGUCAUCGAAAUAUCAAACUGCUGGAAGAUGAGCCACGGAGUCGAGAUGAGACUCCUCUAUGUACCAUUACCCAUUGGCAAGAUUCUUUGGCCAAGCGUUGCAUCUGUGUGUCAAAUAUUGUCCGUAGCUUAUCUUUUGUGCCUGGCAAUGAUGUGGAAAUGUCUAAACAUGCAGGCUUGGUGCUAAUCUUGGGAAAGUUGAUUCUUCUUCAUCAUGAGCACCCAGAAAGAAAGCGUACACCACAGACAUAUGAAAAAGAGGAAGAAGUGGACAAAGGGGUGGCCUGCAGCAAGGAUGAGUGGUGGUGGGACUGCCUUGAAGUCUUGAGGGAUAAUACAUUGGUCACACUAGCCAACAUUUCUGGGCAGCUAGACUUAUCUGCUUAUACAGAAAGCAUCUGUUUGCCAAUUUUGGAUGGCUUACUGCACUGGAUGGUGUGCCCCUCGGCAGAGGCCCAAGAUCCUUUUCCAACUGUGGGGCCCAACUCAAUCCUUUCGCCUCAGAGACUUGUACUGGAAACCCUGUGUAAACUCAGUAUCCAAGACAAUAAUGUGGACCUUAUAUUGGCCACGCCCCCAUUCAGUCGUCAGGAGAAACUGUAUGCUACUUUAGUUAGGUACGUUGGGGAACGCAAAAAUCCUGUCUGCCGAGAAAUGUCAAUGGCGCUCUUAUCAAACCUCGCCCGAGGGGACACGUUAGUGGCAAGGGCAAUAGCUGUGCAGAAGGGAAGCAUUGGAAACUUGAUAAGCUUCCUUGAGGAUGGGGUCACCAUGGCCCAGUACCAGCAGAGCCAGCAUAACCUUAUGCACAUGCAGCCUCCGCCUUUGGAGCCACCUAGCGUGGACAUGAUGUGCAGGGCAGCCAAGGCCUUGUUGGCCAUGGCCCGGGUAGAGGAAAACCGCUCUGAAUUCCUUUUACAUGAGGGCCGCUUGUUGGAUAUCUCAAUAUCAGCUGUCCUGAACUCUAUGGUUGCAUCUGUCAUCUGUGAUGUACUCUUUCAGAUAGGGCAGUUAUGACACAAGUGAGACGCAAGCAUGUGUGAGUGGAGAUUAAAGGGUCACAUAUAACUGGCUGGUUUCUGUACCUGUUUAUCCAGUGUAGGAAGAAUGGGAAAAAAAGAAGAAAAAGAAGAAUCUUUGCUCCUCUGCCCCAUUCGCUAUUUACCAAUUGGGAAUUUUAAAACAUUAAUUUGAACAGUUAUGGAAUUAAUAUUUGCUGUCUAUGUGUAUAAGUACAUCUUUUUAUUUUAUUUUUUUAACCAAAGUCUCUAGUACAUUCAAAGAUCGCAUUUCUUUUUCAUAGCUAUCCUUGUCCAUGUUUGUUUUUCCCAUAUUUGAAUCAUAUUUUUCGGGGAGGGGAAGCAACUUUGAAUUGGGGGUGUCAGGAUAUAGCAAAAUAUGAUUUGAUGUUGGGAGAAAGGGGCGUGCCACUGUCAAAUGCAAAAGUGGAGGGAAAAAAUGCUGAGUUAAUGUGCUUUUUAUUUUUUAAGAACAAAAGAAAUUCCAACCAUCCUUACUGUCAUUGCCCAAAGCGCUGUGUGCAAUAGAAGAAUGAUAGUGAUGUAGGUGUGGUGGAUGGUCAAGGAAAGACAGUCAGUUCCUCGUCUGCCCACAACAUUUUCUUGGGUUCUCUGUAGGAGAACAGUUACACUAUGCUAGGAGCAAAACCAAUUCUUUAAGAAAGUAAAAACAUAACUCUGAAGACGAUCAACACAAAUUGCUUCCUCACCAGAACUGUCAACAUCAAUAUCUAUUGUUUGACCUUCCCACAAUGACAAUUCAUCACAAUUCCUUUAAAUCAUUUUUUAAAAUAUUUUUUAUUGCCUAAAGGCAGUGUUGUAUAUAGAAGUUGUACAUUAAACAUACCCUCAUCUUUUUAAAAAAAAAA